GGCCGCUCCCCGCCCCGCUCAGCGCCAUGGCGGGCCCGUGGCGGGGGCUGCUGAGGGCGCGGGGCUGGGCGGCCCUGGCGGGGCUGCGGGCGAGGACGGACAAGUUCGGGGGUGUGAGCGUGGACCUGGGCGAGCUGCGCGGCUCCCCGCGGCUGGAGCGGGCCGCCUUCGGGCGGUGGCUGCGGGAGUCCGUGUCUCAGUGGCGGGAUGAAGGCCGUGUUGCUGUCUGGCUCCAUGUCCCCAUCCUCCAGAGCAGCCUUGUGGCAGUGGCUGCUUCCCAAGGCUUUGCUUUCCACCACGCUGAGCAGGGCUCGUCCACCCUGACACUGUGGCUGGGUGAGGGGCCCAGCAGGCUGCCAGGGUUCGCCACACACCAGCUGGGGGUUGCAGGUGCUGUUCUAGAUGAAAGCACUGGAAAGGUGUUGGUCGUACAAGACAGAAAUAAGACUAUAAACGCAUGGAAAUUUCCAGGAGGUCUGUCUAAUCCAGGAGAAGACAUUGGAGACACAGCAGUUCGAGAGGUUUUUGAAGAGACUGGCAUCAAGUCAGAGUUCAAGUCCAUCCUAAGCAUCAGGCAGCAACACAAGCACCCUGGAGCCUUCGGGAAGUCGGACAUGUACAUCAUCUGCCGCAUGGAGCCCUCCUCCUUCCGCAUCAGCUUCUGCCAGCACGAGUGCCUCCGGUGCGAGUGGAUGGACCUGGAGGAGCUGGCCAGGACGGAAAACGCCACACCCAUCACCAGCAACGUGGCCAAGCUCUUACUGUUCGGGUACCGGGAAGGGUUUGAUAGGAUUGACAUAACCAUGAGGGAGUUCCCAGCUGUCUACACAGGCCUGUUCUACAAGCUCUACCACAGGGAGCUGCCCGAGUCCUACAGAAAUAUGACAUGAUAGCAAUACAUUUCACAUUUCCUUAUAGUAAUAAUUUAGAACUAUUGCAGUGUUGCAUAUUAUAGUUAUCUGUGGACUUCUUUUUAGGUAAUUAUUAGAACAUAAUUAUUCUCUAAUAAGCUAAGAUAUAAAUUAUUUUUAAAGGUAAUUAUUGCUAUGAGUGUGCAUCAGGUUUCUUCUUCUCUACUCCAUAAAGCAAGCACAAGGUAAAUAAAAUGCAUAGGUACCUAGAAGAAAACAAAAGUGUUACUGAUCCUGAAAAUAUAUUCAGCAAGUCAUUUUACCUCCACACACACUGGCACAAUAGCUUUAAAGAGCAAUAUAAAGACAGUAUGGAACAUUCAUGGUUUAAUCUGGCAUUUGCAAAAGUAGUUAUAAUAUCAGCAAAUAAUUGCUUAUAUUUGGCUACUUUGGAGAGGAGUAAGAAAGACGA